UGGGGGCGGGCGGGGCGAGCCUGCUGGGGGCCGGGCAAGUGGCCCGGCCAGCGGCGCGGCGUCCGGGGAGGAAAUGGAUGCUGUGCUGGCCUGCCGGCUCCGGGGGCGGGGAAAUAGUGUAGCUGCACUCAGGCCCCGCCCGAGACCCGGAGGGAGCGCCGGGCCGUCCCCUUUUGCCCUCCUUUGCGCUGGGCUGAGCCCAGAGCCGAGAGCAGGAGUCGGCUCUGAGUUCCCUGCUUGGUUUUUGGGUGGCAGCAGCCAGAGGAGGAAUAUGGCGCUCUUAGGCAGCCGAGCGGAGCUGGAAGCGGACGAGGACGUUUUCGAAGAUGCCUUGGAAACCAUCUCAAUAUCUUCUCACUCAGAUAUGGCAACAAGCAGCCUUCACUUUGCAUCAUGUGAUACACAACAGGCGCCCAGACAGCGCGGAGCAUCUACUGUGAGCAGUUCAUCAUCAACCAAGGUGGAUCUCAAGAGUGGCCUUGAAGAAUGUGCUGUGGCAUUGAACUUAUUUCUAAGCAACAAAUUUACAGACGCCUUAGAAUUGCUUCGUCCCUGGGCUAAGGAGAGUAUGUACCAUGCCUUGGGCUACAGUACCAUUGUGGUGUUGCAGGCUGUCCUGACCUUCGAGCAACAGGACAUCCAGAACGGCAUUUCUGCCAUGAAGGACGCUUUACAAACCUGCCAAAAAUAUAGGAAAAAAUACACAGUUGUAGAAUCUUUCUCAAGUCUUCUUUCUAGAGGAUCCCUGGAGCAACUGAGUGAAGAGGAAAUGCAUGCUGAAAUCUGUUAUGCCGAGUGUCUCCUACAGAAAGCUGCACUCACGUUUGUGCAGGAUGAAAAUAUGAUCAACUUCAUCAAAGGUGGACUCAAAAUUAGAACAAGUUACCAAAUAUAUAAAGAAUGUCUUUCUAUCCUGCAUGAAAUUCAGAAGAACAAACUUCAGCAGGAAUUCUUCUAUGAGUUUGAAGGGGGUGUCAAGCUUGGCACUGGGGCCUUUAAUUUGAUGCUGUCCCUUUUACCAGCAAGGAUUAUCAGACUACUAGAAUUUAUUGGAUUUUCUGGAAAUAGGGAGUUGGGCCUCCUGCAGUUACGUGAAGGUGCUUCAGGAAGGAGCAUGAGGUCUGCACUGUGCUGCUUAACCAUCUUAGCUUUUCAUACUUACAUCUCCCUAAUACUUGGUACAGGAGAAGUGAAUGUUGCGGAAGCAGAGCGUCUCCUGGCACCCUUCCUCCAGCAGUUUCCAAAUGGAUCACUCGUGUUGUUUUAUCAUGCCCGAAUAGAGUUGCUGAAAGGGAAUCUUGAAGAGGCACAAGAAGUAUUUCGAAAAUGCGUUUCAGUUCAAGAAGAAUGGAAACAGUUUCACCAUCUCUGCUACUGGGAGCUAAUGUGGAUUAAUGUUUUCCAACAAAACUGGAUGCAGGCAUAUUACUAUUCAGAUCUGCUUUGCAAAGAGAGUAAAUGGUCCAAGGCAACUUAUGUGUUCUUGAAAGCGGCAAUUUUGAGUAUGCUUCCAGAGGAGGAUGUAGUAGCAACUAAUGAGAAUGUGGUAACUUUAUUCAGACAGGUGGACAGCUUGAAGCAGAGAAUUGCCGGGAAAUCUAUCCCUACUGAGAAGUUUGCUGUGAGGAAGGCUCGGCGUUACUCCGCCUCAUUACCUGCACCUGUGAAGCUCAUCUUACCUGCCCUGGAAAUGAUGUAUGUCUGGAAUGGUUUUUCAAUAGUAAGCAAAAGAAAAGACCUUUCUGAAAAUCUGUUGGUAACUGUUGAAAAAGCUGAGGCCGCUUUACAAAGUCAAAAUUUUAACAGCUUCUCUGUGGAUGAUGAGUGCUUAGUGAAGUUACUUAAAGGAUGUUGCCUCAAGAACUUACAGCGGCCCUUGCAAGCUGAACUAUGUUACAAUCAUGUUGUGGAAAGUGAAAAGCUACUGAAGUAUGACCACUACCUAGUGCCGUUCACUCUGUUUGAAUUGGCGUCUUUGUAUAAAAGCCAGGGGGAAACUGACAAGGCCAUACAGUCCCUAGAAACUGCAAGGAACAACUACAAAGAUUACUCCUUGGAGUCCAGACUACACUUCAGAAUUCAGGCAGCUCUUCACCUCUGGAGAAAACCUUCCUCAGAUUGAUCAGAACUUGAAGGAUGGAAUUUUUCCUCAAUUAGCAUCGGCAUCUGCUAUAGAUUCAACCUUAUAUUAAAGUGGAAAAAUGAUCUUGUGAAUAAGAGACAAAAAACCAGUUCUUUUUGUCAAUAUUUUCUAUCAUCUGAGAGAUUUACUGUUGGUCUACAUAAUUUUUUUUUCCUAUGGAAUGGCAUUCUAUAUUAUCUAGAAAAUUCUUAUAUUUUGCCUCCCCCAAAAGAAUUUCAUAUUAUUUGAAUUAGGGGGUGAUGAAGUCUUUUGAAAGACUUGCAGAUGUAAUAGUCUAAUUAGAUUAUUUAUUUUUUUAAUGUGAAAAUUAAUAUUGUUUAGCAAAUAGCUUACAAGUUGAGCCAAUUUUGGAUUUGUUGGGUAGUUAAACUUCAGAGACAUUUUGUUGCCUGUAUUUAAAUUUCAGAAGAUAAAUAAAUAUCAUUUCAUUUAAAAUAGCUUAACAGUGACCUUCAGAAGACUUCUGAAAAAGACAGUCUGAGAACAUGAACACGGAUCGAUAUAAUGUACUUCAUGGGUGAAGAGACCUGUCUCUAUAAAGGAUGAUGCAGUAUUCAGUUAGUGGUUUUUUACUCUUCAUUUGAUUAAAGGUGGUGACGUUUUGGAGAGACUGAUUUUGAAUGUACUUAAGUCUAUUAUAAUAACAAAAUUCAAAACCCCUGUGUAUCUAAAGGGAAGGAAGUAUCAUAUUUUAGGAAUUUUUCUUAACCUUAGCAAUGAGAGCCUAAAAUACAUACAUGGAUUAUUUUUCUUCUAGGAAGUAAAUUUCCUGCUGCUUUAAAUGAUAUGUAAAAUAUCAAUAAUUUUUACACUUAAGAUGUUGGUAAGACCUAGUUUUCUAAUCUCUCUAGCACUGUGAUGUCUCCUUAUAGAUAAUCUGGACCUUACUUAGUCCUUCAGUUGGGAAACAGAAUCAGGGCGUAGAGCAGAAGAGAGCUUGACACUCCAUAUGGUCCUGGUUCUGCUACCCAUUAGCGAUUAGUGAGGAGACCUUUAGGGAGUCCACUGUGCCCUGUGUGUCACCAUAUUUUCUUCUGUGAAAUCUAGAUUAAAGAACAGAUGACUUUCAAGGUCUUUUUCAGUUUUAUAACUGUGAGUCUGUGUAUUAGGUAUUUAUUUUCAACAAAUGACUUUAAAAUGUCGAAUGCAAACCAUUCCCACUUGGAGUGUUUUAUUUUUCAAUCAUCAUCAUUGCCCCCAACUCCCCACAUGUAUGUGUUGUGGCAUCCAGAGUGAGAAAAGACAAUUUAUGAGUCGAUGAAUCUGGGCCUUAUUUCUAUUUCCAUUUUGAAGAAUAACUUGUCAUAGAAGCCUCUGCAGUUUAACAGAAGGAGCCACAUUUUGGGAGUCAUGAGUUCAUCUCUGUGGGUUAACAGUUCCAUGACACGGAGUACGUAGCUCAGCUUUUCAGGGGUUCAGUUGCCCCAGUAUGGAUAGUGGUGUAGUAUUUGGUACUUGUGAGGGCUCAAUUAGAUAAAACAUAUGAUAGCUUUUUGUAAACUGUAAAAGGCUAUACAAAAGUAUGAAUUAUUAUAAUAAUUAUGGUUUUUUAUGUCUGGAUUACAGUAUCAACACAAAAGUAUUGGCUGAUACUGUGGUCUGUGUUGUAAAAUGAAAGAAGUGUAGAAAUUCAAAUACCUUUCUGUGUAUUCAUGUGUUUGCUGUUGACAGUAGGCUACCCAGGUUAUAUGAACCUGCUCCUGCCGUUCCCUGCCACAUGGACCUGUAUCAAGCAGUGUGUGGCUUGUUUUCUUCAAGGUACUGAUUCUUGACCAACACUGAGGAUGUAUAUCCAAUGAAAGAUGAUUAUUAGAACUCAAGUCAGAUUACCACCCCUUCAGAUACUAUGGCGGUAGAUAUCAAUGUGUUAUUAAUAAUACAACUUUAGGUACAGACAAAAUAGAAAAUAAAAUUAACUGUCAUUAUAAUUAGUAGUGGAAAAUACAUUAAAAAUUAUUUGUGUAUAGCUUUGGAAAAAAGUUUAUAAAGUUCUUAGAAGAGCUUUGGUAACAUUAUUUUUGAAAGUGUACACCCACAUUGUGACUGCGAGUAUACUGAGCAUAUAUUCUUACAUUGUUACUGUGAGAAGCUGCAAGUCAGUGCUGCAAGUCAGUAACAAAUUCUCUUUUGGGGAUAAAAUGAAACAGUUUUAAGCUUAGAGUGGCCAUUUUUAUUUUAACUCUGCAUUACUAAACAAAUAUAAAAGAAAUUCAUCUCCAUUUAAAAAUCUUUUUUGUUAUUUAUAUUUUGUUUUAUUUUUGUUUCCUAUUCUUUAUGCAGUUACCUGAUACUAUGGACAGUAUAUCCAGUGGAUCUUUUAGUACUGUAAUAUCAAAAUGCUACAAAUAUUUAUGUUUCCUGCUAUGUUCAAGAUAUUGUAGUGGCACCAACUUCUUGGGCAUCAGCUAAUAUUGCAUUUUUGGAGUCAUUAGGGUGUUCUGUGAAGAAUGAAUACUGAAGUGACAGUUUUAUCUAGUUUUUUGAGGGGCAUUUAUGAUGGGGUUGGGUUGCCAUUGUGUCUGACAGUGCAAUUCAUGUAGUUCCUGGCAUAAUUGCCUUUUUUUUUUCUUAAUGGAGAGGCAGGGUUCUGAUUGGUGCUGUAUAAAUUUAAGUAACUUUGUGCUUUGUAGGAAUGGUGACAAGGAAGGCAUGAUUUCCCCCUGACAAGGAAUGAAAGGUGAACUGUAUCAGCUCUUAUCUGGACAUAUAUGUAAAUGUUUUCUAUGCUCCCUGAUACAAGAAGUUUCCAAGUUAUAUAGGAAAAUUAAGUCCAUUGAUCCUGUCUUUAUCCUCAGAGGGCAGAAAUGAGACAAGUGGAUAAAGGCUGUAGGAAGCUGAAUUCCAGAUUAAUCAGUGCCAAGGAAGAUUUUUCAUUAUCGGAAAACCCAACAGUCUAAAAUCAAUAACCAGUUCUUCUGCAAAGGGGUGAGUUUAAGCAGGGCUAAUGUGACUGUCAUUUCUGCCUGUCCUACAAGCUUAGACUAGUUGAACUUUGAGGUCACUCUAUGAUUCUUUUAUUAGGGCUUCAAAUCAGCAGGGAGUGUGUAAAGAAAAAAUGCUCCCCCCCACCAUUUCAAAUAAAAGUGAAUGUUUUCUCUUUCAAAGCUACUAUUAGAGGUAGUUGUGAUAGACACUAACAAUCCCUGGUGUUAAUACUUUCCACUCCUUUUAUUUUAUUUUAAUUUAAUAUUAUUUUAUUGAGACAGAGUCUCGCUCUGUCACCCAGGCUGGAGUGCAGUGGCGUAAUCUCGGCUCACUGCAAGCUCCUCCUCCCAGGUUCACGCCAUUCUCCUGCCUCAGCCUCCCGAGUAGCUGGGACUACAGGUGCCUGCCACCACGCCUGGCUAAUUUUUUGUAUUUUGAGUAGAGACGGGGUUUCACCGUGUUAGCCAGGAUGGUCUCGAUCUCCUGAACUCGUGAUCCUCUCCUUUUUAAAGUGGGUCUAGUCUGUUGAUCUUCAUAAAUAGGAGGGUUUUCCUUCAGCUUGGACAUUAAAAAUAAUUUUUAGAAAGGUCUUUGUGGCCAACUGGAAAAUCUUCUGGAAUUAUCUAAUGCUUCAUUCAUUUCCCUCCCUCUAUUUCUGUUUUUUUUUUCGUAUUUAUACUCUGCAUAUUUAGAAAUCUUAAAGUCAAAUACAUUUAGUUAAAAUGAGUUGAUGAAGACUCCAGUGAUGUUUUAAUACCCUAAGAUUUUGUGAUUCCUUGGGCCUGGAAUGGAGCUUAGAAAAUUACCUUGUCCUCAUGAGCCUGUAAACCGUGUUGUUUCCCCUCAGUCUUGCUCUGUCCAGUACAGUAGCCCCUCGCCACACAUGGCUGCGGAGCACCCGGAAUGGCUUACAGCACAUGUGGGAAUGGUGCUGAAUGCUGAGGAAGCUUUCACUCAUACGUGCUGCACUUCUUAAAGGCCUCCCAAUAGCCUGCUUUCCGGAGUUCUGGCUUUUACUUGCUGUCUACUAUGAUCACCUGAUUUGUGCUUCACAUACAUAUCUGUGAAGUUUGCUUUUUCUAUUUAAAGUGCCCUUAAACUUUCAUUUCAUCGUGUUUAUCUGCAGAUGAUCAGUGUUAUUGGCAUAUUUGAACAUUAUUCUGCCCUCCCUCCGCCAAACUCCUUAUGUACUAGAUUAAGAAAUUUUAUUUUUGAGAUGAUGAUUUUAAUUUGAUUUUACAGACAUUCUUUUUUACAAAGUACAGUUGUUAGAGUUAUAGAAGAGUGAUUCACAUCUUUGAGAAGAUAGAUUUCAUGAUUAAUAUAUAUAUUUUUUGAGACAGAGUGUUGCUCUUGUUGCCCAGGCUGGAGUGCAAUUGCACGAUCUAGGCUCACUGCAACCUCUGCCUCCCAGAUUCAAGCAAUUCUCCUGCCUCAGCCUCCCAAGUAACUGGGAUUACAGGCAUGUGCCACCAUGCCCAGCUAAUUUUGUAUUUUUAGUAGAGAUGGGGUUUCUCCAUGUUGGUCAGUCUGGUCUCGAACUCCCAACUUCAGGUGAUCUGGCCGCCUUGGCCUCCCAAAGUGCUGGGAUUACAGGAGUGAGCCACCAUGCCUGGCCCAAUAUUUUCUAAGAUAAAAUUAUUCUGAGAAAUCUAGUGGAACCUUUUCAAUUGCUUUGUUAUUAAUGUUUCAACACUGACUUUCUCAACUAGGCCAGUAUUACUAUUUAAAGGUUUUUAGAGGCUGGCAAUGGUGGCUCACGCCUGUAAUCCUAACACUUUGGGAAGCCAAAGUUGGGGGGGAUCACUUGGGACCAGGGGUUUGAGGCCAGCCUGGGCAGUAUAGUGAGACCCUGUCUUUACAAAAAAAAAAAAAAAAAUGAGCUGUGCAUGGUGGAGUGCACUUGUAGUCCUAGCUACUAGGGAGACUUAGGUGGGAUAAUUGCUUGAUCCCAGGAGUUUGAGGCUACAGUGAGCUAAGAUCAUGCCACUGCACUCCACCCCAGGUGACAGAGUGAGACCCUGUCUCAAAAAAAAAAAAAAAAAAAAAUAUAUAUAUAUAUAUAUAUAAAAUAAAGGUUUGUGGACACGUUACCCAUUUAGAGAAUAAUUUAUUUUUGAAUGUGUAUGAUACCUAAGUGAUAUGCAUAUAUAUAAUUAAGACAUUUUAAAUCUCUUCAGAUAUUUCUUCAUAAGAUACAUGUAUCUAUAGAUAGCUGUAUACAAAACUACUUACAAAUAAUAAAUAGACAUUGUUUUAUACAGUUCUUUCCAAAGAAAUGCAGGAUUUUUUCUCCAAGUACUUCCUCCCCGAGUCCAGCUAUUUACAUAUUUUUGUCUUUAAGUGUUAGAUUGCUUGUUUCUGCUGCCUAUUGUUGGUAGUUUUGUCUUUUACACAUUUGCCGUUAGAUUUAGUUAUUUUGAAAUGUUGAACUUGAAAUGUAAUGAAAAGGACACAUCAGAAUUUAUCAUCAGGGAAGAUAUCUUUUAUGUUGAGCAGCUGCUAUCUGAUCUUGACAGACUGUCCUCUUAGAGGACUGUUGAAGUCCAUUCUAGUCAUUUUGUAACUUCAUAACUGCAGAAAGAAAUGAUGCAAGGACUGUUUAGUGGACUGAGAUGGCUGAGCAGGUUCUUGGCCUGAAUUAUCCAGAGGAGAUAGGUGGAUCUAGCUUCAGAGGAAGUCUACACCCCAUUCCCUUCUGCUUCCAAUGUACCCAUGAUAUGUGUUUAGCACAGUAAUACUGUAACAGGACGUUGCAUGGAAAAAUCAAAGCAGCUGGCUCACUGUAUUUAACUAAAAAGAAUGCCUACAGAUUGGAUAUUUAAUAGGGAAAAUUAAGGCACUUUAAUAACAAACUUCAUUAUGUGAAACUUGUCGAAUAUUAACAUACAAUAUACCUUGUAUAUUAAUGCCAUAGUUUUUAGAAACACUAAUUUAAACAACAAAUUUAAGGGAUGCUGGCGUAUCCCAGUGACACCUUCAGUUUUAUUGCUGCUUAGUAUUUUCUAGUAAAUUAGUUUUAAUUAUUGGUAGUCUGUUGGGCACCAUUUGGGAAAGAAAGAAAUUGGUCUCAGUGUAGCAGACUUGUAGCCAAAAACUUUGAAUAAAAAAUGAGUAUAAUAAAGAAUAUUAUUUCAUUUUUAAAGGAAUUGUAUUAUUUUGAAGUGCUGCAUGGUUGAUAUGGUUUGGUUGUGUCUCUACCCAAAUCUCUUAUUGAAUUGUAGUUCCCAUAAUCCCCACAUUGGAGGGACCCAGUGGGAGGUGACUGAAUCAUGGGGGCAGUUUUCCCCAUGCUAUUCUCAUGAUAGUGAGUGAGUUCUCAUGAGAUUUGAUGGUUUUAUAAGGGGCUUUUCCCCCUUUGCUCAGCACUUCUCUUUCCUGCCGCCCUGUGAAGAAGAAGGUGCCUUUCUUUCCCUUUGCCUUCCGUCAUUAUUCUAAGUUUCCUGAGGCCUUCUCCGCCAUGCAGAAUUGUGAGUCAAUUAUACCUCUUUUUUAAAUAAAUUAUCCAGUCUCAGAUAUUUCUUCAUAGCAGUGUGAGAAUGGACUAAUACAACGGUCUUACUCAAUUUGAAGGUAUGACACUCUUUGCUUUGGAAAUCAUGUAGACAUUUUAAGUCAUUCCUAUUUUUAAUGUAGACAAACGUCCAGGUAGCAAUUUUGGGGAUAAUAAAUGAGUUCACCCUUUUUUUUUCUUUUUUUUCCUGAGACAGAGUUUGCUCUUGUUGCCCAGGCUGGAGUUUAAUGGCAUGAUCUUGGCUUACCACAACCUCUGCCUCCUGGGUUCAAGCAAUUCUCCUGCCUCAGCCUCCCAAGUAGCUGGGAUUACAGGCAUGUGCCAUCACACCCGGCUAAUUUUUGUAUUUUUAGUAGAGACAGGGUAUCUCCAUGUUGGUCAGGCUGCUCUCGAACUCCUGACCUCAGGUGAUCCGCCCACUUCAGCCUACCAAAGUGCUGGGAUUACAGGCGUGAGCCAUCAUGCCCGGCCGAGUUAAGCUUUUAUUCACAUUUUUUCCCCAAAGUGAUUUAUUCUUCAAAGUAGACAGUUAUGUUCUAUAGAGUGUUUUGUUUUUUCUUUAAGAAAAUAAUUUACAUAAACAGAGAGAUUAUGGUAAACAUUUUAAAUCUUAGGCUGUUGGUUAAAUUUAAUGGUUUAAGCACUGUUGGGUUCUCUUUAAUUAAUAUUUGCAGAAGGAGAACAUAUGUGUUUCACUGAUAUGUAUGGUCCAGAAAAAUUACUUAAUUCUCAAAAAUGUGUUGCAUUCUCAUAUUGUGUUAGGGAAAAUUCCAUAAGUAGUCCAUUUUUUUUUUUCUUUUGCUGACUGUUAACAUCCAAACGCCUGAAUGAAAACUGACUCAUUUCUGUAUUGGUAUUUAAAAAUAUUGAUUUGCAGAUGUUCACAGAACACUUGCAUUUUUUGAUUCACGUUGCUAAAUCAAAUAUAAAGGCAAAUAUGUAUAUUUAAUAAAUGAGAAGUAUUUUUUUAUUACUGAAAUUUAUUCUCAAAGCAAAUGUAUUUUGUAGAUGUUUCAUUUGGGAGAUUUUGCUUUGCCUUAAAACAUACAAAAUAAACCUGUCUUGUGGUCUGCCCACCUCAAAACCUCUGUUAACUUGACUUGUAGAAGGAGUUCAGAAUUCUUUGAUAAUGUGUGGUUUUCACUUUUGUUUGGAUUAAACAAAAAUAAAAUUAGAGGCCAUAGCACUUUGUAAA